AACGGUCAACAACACAACCGAUCACUUUGUUAUCUCUCUCUAGAUGUUUCCUGACAACGUAUCUUAAAUCUAGGAUUCGGUUCUUCAAACUCUUCAAGUCAAACCCUUGUUCUAUGGUUAAACCCUCAAUCUCUUCAUUGCAAAAUCUCAAGCCAUCUCGUGAAAGGUGGUGAAUUCGCUUCCCCUGCAUCUCUCUGUACCAGUUACAUUUGAAGUUUAAGCAGGGGAGGCGGCUAUGGCAGAUUUGGAAAAUUUGCUUUUGGAGGCUGCGGGAAGAACUGGCGCGGGCGGGAGAAAUCGGCAUUCUCUGCCGCCUUCAAGGAGACGGCGUGGUGGAUCUUAUUCGGAUGGCGGGAGUGAUUCGAGGGAUGAUGAUUCGGAUGAUGAGCUCAAUUACGCGAGCAGGAAAAAAGGGUCUGGAUCGCAGGUUCCUGUGAAGAAGAGACUGGAUCCGACCAAAAGAGAUGAUGAUUUGGGCAGUCAGGAGGAAGAAGGAGAUGAUGAUGGUCGCAGCGAUCAUGAGGGUGAUAGCAGUGAUGAAUCGAAUAUCGGCGAUGAUCUUUAUAAGGAUGAGGAUGAUAGGCGGAAGCUUUCUGAGAUGUCAGAACUUCAGAGAGAGAUGAUCCUUUCGGAUAGGGCUGCUAAAAAGGAUGAUAAAAGUUUAUUGGGGAAGAUAGCAUUGAAGAGGGAUAAAGGAAAGGCAACAGUGCCUAGGAAACAGUCUCCACCACUGUCAUCAUCUCGGAUGCGUGCUGCGGCCAGAUCUGCUGAUAGGUCAGCCAAGAAUGAGGCAUUAAAUGAAUUGCGUGCUAAGCGAAUGAAGCAGCAAGAUCCAGAAGCUCACCGCAGAUUGAAAGAAGCAACUAGAAGUUCAGGGACCCGCCAUUUUUCCCCACCAAAGCGCAAACCUUUCACAUCAACAAGUCUCAGUAGCUCAAGCCAUAGUGAGAGUGAAAGUAGGUCUCACAGUGAUGAUGACGGGUCAACUGGGGAUGGAGGAAUGGUAGAUAGCGAUGAUGAUAGAGCAUUAUCUGGGUCUGAGGGACUAUCCUUUCAGGAUAUAAAGGAAAUAACUAUUCGCAGGUCCAAACUUGCCAAAUGGUUUAUGGAGCCUUUCUUUGAGGAGUUAAUAGUUGGUUGCUUCGUAAGAGUUGGAAUUGGUAGGUCAAAAUCUGGACCUAUCUACCGGCUCUGCAUGGUGAAAAAUGUUGAUGCCUCAGAUCCUGAUCGGCAGUAUAAGUUAGAGAAUAAAAUUACAUACAAGUAUUUGAAUGUUGUCUGGGGAAAUGAAAGUUCUGCUGCUAGGUGGCAAAUGGCUAUGAUUAGCGACUCUGCUCCACUUGAAGAGGAGUUCAAACAGUGGGUUAAGGAAGUAGAGCGAAGUGGUGGCCGUAUGCCAAGCAAACAAGAUGUGUUGGAAAAAAAACAAGCAAUACAAAAAGCCAUCACAUUUGUCUACUCAGCGGCUACUGUGAAGCAGAUGUUACAAGAGAAAAAGUCCGCCUCGUCACGGCCAUUAAAUGUUGCUGCUGAGAAGGAUAGGCUGAGGAGGGAAAUGGAAAUAGCAAUAAGUAAGAAUGAUGAGUCAGAAGUGGAGAGGAUCAAAGCACGACUGAUAGAGUUAGAGGCCUCCAGGCAAGAAAAGGUGAAGGAUGCUAAGGCUUUGAAGCUGGCUGAGAUGAACCGAAAGAACAGGUUUGAGAACUUCAAAAAUGCUUCUGAAAUGAAGCCAGUGAAUACAGGUUUGAAAGCAGGGGAGGCAGGUUAUGAUCCCUUCUCAAGGAGAUGGACUAGAUCAAUGAAUUACUAUGUUUCAAAACCUGGUGAUAAGGCAGCAAGUGGGAAUAAUAGUACCAAUGGCAUAGUGGCUGACGCAGGCAGCAAUGGAACAGGAGUACCGGCGGAGGCUGGCAUGGUGGCUACUGUUGCAGCCUUGGAAGCCGCUGCUGAUGCUGGAAAGUUAGUGGAUACAAGUGCUCCAGUGGACCAAGGGACAGAGUCGUAUUCAUUGCACAAUUUUGAGCUGCCGAUUUCCUUAGCAUUACUUCAAAAGUUCGGCGGAGCCCAAGGAGCUCAGGCAGGAUUUAUGGCAAGAAAACAAAAAAUAGAAGCAACAGUUGGAUUUAAAGUCUUGGAGAAUGAUGGCAGGAGGCAUGCGCUGACGCUGACAGUUAGUGAUUACAAAAGAAGAAGAGGGCUUCUCUGAAAUUUGUUGCUGCCGGUUCAGUAUGCUAGCUGAGCCGCUGAGGUAAGUUCAUGGUUCCAUGAGCCGAAGUUAGUUAGUAUACUGUAAUGUUGUUGUACCCUAAUCAUUUAUGUUGAACUUAGAAGUGUGGUCAUGUUUCCAUAUCUGUUUUGUUGCUCAUAAGUUGUACAAUAAAGAUGUUUUAUUGCGUUGA